AUGUUUCGUGACUGGGUCUGGCAAGACAGCAAUCUUACGAGUGUAUUUCUCGCCGGCCUGCAAAAGCUGGAUGGCAAAGCAUGCCAAGAGGUCGUAGAAAACAUUGUCGCGUUUAAAGUGGGGUCGGACAGCCUAACGCAAGUUCCUUACGAAGCAUUGCAGUCUAUGGAGUUGGCCCGACAUAAGCGGAAGCUUGGGCAAACCGAACUCGAAAUUCCGGACAGCGAAGACGACGAGGAUUACGGAUGGGCAGAAGAAGACGAAGCAGCUAUGCCGGCGCCGCCGCCCCAGUGGCAAGGCAGUGAAGACCUCAUCUUAGGUCAAGACAUCGGGCAAAGUGAUGAUGAGAACAGCGAACAUGACGGUACCGACGAUGAGUCGACCAUAAAAUGA